GAGUUCUAGGCCGUCCGUUUGUCACCCACAUUUUUUUCCAUGGCGUCGUCCAUUCUUCUCACUUCGAAUGGCUUGCGCGCCAGCCCGGGUUUUGCGAGCCAUGGCUGUCUCAAAUCGCGAUUUGGGGCUCCAAUUCCAUCGCUGGGCAGAGCGAUUCCAUCGCUGGCACGGAGACGAGGGGGAGGAUUGAUUGUCAAAUGCGAGCAAGGGGCUUCUAGCAGCGCCGGGGGAGAAGUGGGCAUUUGGGUUGGAAGAUUCGCGAUGCUUGGAUUUGUCGGAACGCUCGCGGUAGAAAUCGGCACUGGCAAAGGCCUUCUCGAGACUGCCGGAUUGACGACUCCAGCUCCAAUUCCCGCAUUGGCGGUGGCGGGUGUCCUCGGGGUGAUCGCGGCGCUGGGAAUUUUCAGGUCCGCGCCAAAAGAAUGAGACUCUAGAAACCUUCUAUCUCUUUUCCAACACGACAUCCACGCAGAAGAAAUCUUUGGAUUGCUAAAGCCGUAGAUCUGUGAGAACGCAUUCUUUCCUUUGCUCGAAUUCAAAGCGCGUCAACUUUUUACGUUGCAAAA